CAGCCACGCUCUUUUUUCCUUUCCCAUGUUCAUAAAACCUCUACCUCCAAUUUUCUCCCUUGCUCCAAAACUCUCCCUCCGCUUCCACGCGGCUCUUUUUUCUACAGGAUGCUACGGUAUGAUGCGCAGCAGCCUCAUAACCAGCCAUGGCAUCUGAUCCAUCAAAUGCCGCCCAAAUGGCCGGCGACGUCGCUGAGACUGUCGCCUAUGCCCUCAGCAGCUCCUCUCCCUCUAUCGUGAGCACCAUGCCUGCUGUCACCGCCCAUGAGCCUUACACAUGGUUUGGCCUCUUUGGGUGGCUGAUAUGGUUUCUUCUUCACAUCACUUCCACAAUUCUAUAUUGGGUCAUUCGAAUUGCGACUAUCAAUGUCCCUUCCUUUCUAUUCCACUUGUUCUCUACAAGCUGGACUGUCACCAUGAACGCUACUACACUGAUGUUUAUCAUGGCAGCGGUCGUGUCGGCCGUCAGUUGGGUUGUCAGGUAUCGCAUUCUGAACAUGUACUCCCGUCUGCCACCAGAGCCACAGCGCAAAGAGCCAGACAUCGAUCUCUUUCCAGACACUCACGAAGGUGGUACUAAGUCUGGGUUGGCAAACUACCUAGAUGAGUUCUUGAGUGCUAUCAAGAUCUUCGGUUACCUGGAACGGCCCGUCUUCCAUGAGUUGACUCGAAGCAUGCAAACGAGGAAGCUCAUUGCUGGCGAGACCAUCAACCUCGAAGAAGAAAAAGGCUUCUGUAUCGUCGUCGAUGGUUUGGUAGAGAUCUUUGUUAAAUCAAACCGGAGCCCGCGCGCAGCAGCAGCCUCUCGGGGACGUCUUGACCUGGACUCGUCAGAUGAGGACGAUAUCGCUCCUGGUCAACAGACAUACCAGCUUCUGACAGAAGUUCGGAAUGGUGCACCUAUGUCAUCCUUGUUCUCCAUCAUGUCUUUGUUUACAGAGGAUGUUAGGCUACGGCCUAACGAUGAUCAGGAGGACUCUUCUUUGCAUCCUGCCAAAAGCAGCGGCCUUAGACACCCGACCUUCGAGAAGCCUCAUCUUCGACGUGUUCCUUCGGAUGUCAACAUGUCCAUGCCGGGCACACCUCAGUCCCGGAAUGAUAUGGAGGCGGAUGAGAAUAAACCCGAAGGUCUUGGUGUUUCUGGCUUGGAAACUGAUCAGGCUGCGAUUCCUGCCAUGUCACUGGAUGGCGAUACACCUCCACCUACUAGGCCGCCCUUGCCAACAAGGGCAACAUCUGGCUCGGCUCACCCAGACAUCAUCGCUCGUGCUACGGUUGAUACAACAAUUGCCAUUAUCCCAGCAAGUGCAUUUAGAAGGCUCAUCAAGAUCUACCCAAAGGCAACCGCACACAUUGUCCAUGUUAUUCUCUCAAGAUUCCAAAGAGUCACGCUUGCGCAAGCAUUCAACUAUCUCGGCUUGACUAGCGAAGUACUGCAGACAGAGAAAAGUAUGAUCAAGUAUACGGUUUGCCAGCUCCCCAAUAUUCUGCGGGGUGAUGCUCUAGAACGCCUCAAGGAGAAGUUCAAGCGUGAGAGGGAACGUACAGACGAAGAUGAUGACACGAAGGGUAUUGCACUGCACAACUCGGCCUCAACUCAUCGGCGAAGGUCAAGUACAACUCUUCGGAAAGAGGCUAUGCUGCAAUCAAUGACCAAACUGCGGACGACUUCGGUUGUCACAAGCACCAUUGCACCACCUCGCGAAAGAACUUCUCCCCAUACUCCGAGCCCUGGAGAUCUACUGUCUAAUAUUCAGUUAGCUCGAGGGACUUCGCGUAUCUCACCGGCGGAUCAACGAUCCGUGUCCGGGGCCUCGAUGAGACACCAGGGCGCGAAUCCAAAGGAUGAUAGAUUUUUCAAUGAUCCCUUUGAUUCAAGGAGGCUUGGUCGCAUGACGAUGGAUCCACGAGAAACUGUGGAUGAAGACAAUCUCUUCCGUGCUUCUAUUUUGGAGUGUAUGUUUAAAUCACUUGGGCUUGAUGCCAAUGGGAGUGCGUCCCGCGAGCCCGAGUCCAUGGAAGGCUCUCCCAGAUUGGUGUCGUUCGACCAUCGACGAUCAAAGUUUUACAGCCAAAACAACGCAUUCGGUUUCAUGCCUCCUUACGAUGGCUCUGUUGACGGCGAGACUGAGUCGGUGACUUCUGGAGGAACCGCUUUGCAUGCUCCUGUGAGCGCUCAGGGCCUUGCGAGCGACAUGAAGGAUGAGGUUGAGAUCGUCUUCUUCCCCAAAGGCUCUGUUCUUGUAGAGCAAGGAGAACGAAACCCUGGUUUGUACUAUGUCGUCGAUGGAUUCUUGGACAUUGGUACGACUGGUGAGGCAGAUGCUCACAACAUCUUACAAUCUAAUGGAUUUGGUUCAUCUCAGCCAGCUCCUUCAUCCCCAGAUCCUUCUGAAAUGGGUUCUUUCCCCAAUCUGGCUCGCACCGAAGCUGCAAGAGAUCAGGCUGAGACGCAGCAAUCAACAUCGAAGAAGUCUCGUCGCAGCAUUGCCUUGGUCAAACCUGGUGGACUUGCUGGUUACAUCGGAAGUGUGUCUUCAUACCGGUCUUUCAUCGAUGUUGUUGCAAAGACGGAUGUCUAUGUAGGCUUCUUGCCUCGCGCUUCGCUGGAGCGGAUCGUUGACCGCUAUCCGAUCGUUCUUCUCACUAUGGCCAAGAGGCUGACCAACAUCUUGCCCCGCCUGAUUUUACAUAUUGACUUUGCUCUGGAAUGGGUUCAAGUCAACGCAGGGCAGGUGCUAUUUCACGAAGGUGAUGAGAGUGAGGCGAUUUAUAUCGUCCUCAACGGUCGCCUUCGUUUGGUUCAGGAACGAAAGGGCGGCAGUGGUGGCGUAACGGCUCUGGCCGAAUUCGGACAAGGUGACAGUGUCGGUGAGCUGGAGGUGCUUACAGAAACUGCUCGUCCAGGGACUCUGCACGCUAUUCGAGAUACGGAGUUGGUGAAAUUCCCCCGAACACUCUUCAACAGCUUGGCACAGGAGCACCCGAAUAUCACCAUCAAGAUUUCAAAGAUCAUUGCAUCACGGAUGAGGGCAAUCGUUGAUGAGACCUCCAAGUUCUCGUACAAGGAUGCCAGCACCAACCCAAAAACUUUGAUGCGCAAGUCCAAUAUGAAUCUACGAACUGUAGCGAUUUUGCCUGUUACCGCAGGUGUACCUGUUGUCGAGUUUGGAAACCGCCUCAUGAAUGCCCUGGCGCAAGUCGGCCCAGCUAAUGGGGCCACAUCCCUCAACCAGGCUGCCAUUCUUAACCAUCUUGGCAAGCAUGCUUUCAACAAGAUGGGAAAGCUCAGGCUUUCUCAAUAUCUUGCCGAUCUGGAAGAGAAGUACGGCCUGGUUGUCUAUGUUGCAGGUAAGCAAUAACUUGCGUUCUUUCUUUAGCCAUUCCUUUUAUGAUGAUAAUAUCACACAUAGACUCCAGAGGCAAAGCCGAUGUUGGUUCUAUUAACUCUAAUUUUUUCCUGACUUAUUCCCGUUACAACAUGCUUUCUGGACUUUCAGACGGGAGCCUCGAGCUAACAUAUUGGCUCUAGAUACGAACGUCAACUCGCCGUGGACACAGACUUGUAUCACGCAAGCUGACAGCAUCCUUUUGGUUGGUCUUGCCGAAGGAUCACCAGCUAUUGGCGAAUACGAACGCUUUAUGCUUGGCAUGAAAUCUACCGCCAGAAAAGUUUUGGUUUUACUUCAUGCUGAGCGUUAUUCACGGCCUGGGCUGACUCGAGCUUGGCUGCAAAACCGUAUGUGGAUCAAUGGUGGCCACUGCCAUAUUCAAAUGGCUUUCAGAACAAACGAGAUGCCAGUCCAUGCCCCCAAGAAACUUGGCCAAGCACUCAAAGAACGUGUUCAGGUCUUACAGGCCGAAAUCCAAAAAUACACGUCUCGCAAGGUGCACCACACGCCAUACUACUCACCCGAUUCUCCUUAUAAGGGCGAUUUUCAUCGCCUGGCACGACGACUAUGUGGCAAAUCCAUUGGACUUGUUCUUGGCGGAGGCGGUGCUCGAGGCAUCACUCAAAUUGGCAUCAUCCGAGCCAUGGAAGAAGCCGGAAUUCCUAUUGAUCUCGUUGGAGGAACUUCGAUCGGUGCUUUUGUUGGCGCUCUGUACGCCAGGCAUGCUGAUGUUGUGCCUAUGUUUGGAUUUGCCAAGAAAUUUGCUGGGCGAAUGGCCAGUCUAUGGCGGUUUGCUCUUGAUCUGACGUAUCCCUCUGCAUCUUACACCACAGGACACGAGUUCAACCGUGGUAUCUUCAAGGCUUUAGGCGAUACGCAGAUGGAAGAUUUCUGGCUCGAAUACUACUGCAACACAACCAAUAUCAGUAAGAGUCGAGCGGAAUUCCACACCAGUGGGUACGCGUGGAGAUACAUCAGAGCGUCCAUGUCCCUUGCGGGGUUACUCCCACCUCUGUGCGAUGAGGGCAGUAUGCUACUGGAUGGCGGCUACAUUGACAAUUUGACCGUGUCGCACAUGAAGGGUCUCGGAGUUGACAUAAUUUUUGCCAUUGAUGUAGGUGCUUUGGACGAUGACACGCCGCAAACGUAUGGUGAUUCACUUUCUGGUGCAUGGGCUUUUGUGAACCGAUGGAAUCCAUUUUCGUCACACCCGAACCCGCCAACUCUUGCGGAGAUUCAAGGACGACUGGCAUACGUGUCGAGUGUUGAUGCUUUGGAACGUGCAAAAACGAUGGCUGGAUGCAUUUACAUGCGUCCACCAAUCGAUGACUAUGGAACUCUUGACUUCCACAAAUUCGAUGAAUUGUACCAACUGGGAUACAAGUAUGGGCAGGAGUUUUUUAACAAGAUGAAAGAGCAAGGAGUCUUGCCUUUAGUAGAAGAGACGGAGGCCAAGAAGGCCUUGAGACGUACAAUGGCACCAAGACGAGCGAGCAUCUAACGUAUCAUGUUCACUUGGACUUGAUGAGCGUUUACAAUAUUUAGCAUUCUGUUAGAGUAGAGGCGUCUAUUCUUAGACUACGGAGCUCGAUCUAGACAAUUAUUAAUGCUAAAAUAGAAUCAUCUGAUGGGGCCUUGGUACUGCAGCAUUACGUGAAGAUGCAUUCUCCCGAUGAAAAAUUGCUUUGUGAGCGUUGAGAGUGAG